UGUUUCUUAUUUUCAGGUGAUUAUAAAUGUAUUAAAACAAAAUAGUUCUGAAUAUUAUGUACCAUUUCUGCCAGUUAAAUAGGUGCCCCUACAUCUUAUACACUGGACCUUUAGAACAUGACUGCUCGUUGUUCAAAAUAAGUGGCCCACCACACAUGUUGGUUUAUCAUACAAGAUCACUUUGCAUUUUUAGGUUCACCUCACAAUGCAGGACUAUCAUAUAGUGUGUAGACAUGCACAAAGUAGGCGCUAUGCAGACGAAACUAAUGAGUUUUCAUAAACAUACGGUAAACAGGCAACUGUUGCCUCACAGCAGACAUUUCCUGCUAUGUAACAAACACAGCCACAGUAAACAAGCAUAAAGUCAACAGUGAGGACAGCUGCUUUCGGGAGUGGUAGAAGGCUUUUUCACUUAAAGAUGAAACAGUUGCGUUUGUCUUAUUUACAUGUAAUAUGUUUUAAAAACUUGUAUGAUGUGAAAAGCAGCUGGCCCCUAGGUACUUUCACAUUAUCUAAUCUGGCCCCCACUCAAAAAAGUCUGGACAACCCUGGCUCACACAUCAAUGCUUCUGUAAUAGUAAUGUCAUAAUGUCCAUCCAUCCAUCCAUUCUUCCAUUAUCAACCACCAAUAAGAAAGCUGGGUCACGGGGGCAGCAGGCUGAGCAAAGUUUUCCCGACAUCCCUCUCCCCAGCAACACUUUCCAGCUCCUCCUGGGGGUGUUCCCAGGCCUCCUACCAGUUAAACAUGCCCAGAACACCUCCAGCGGGAGGCGCCCAGGAGCCAUCCAGAUCAGAUGCCCGAACCACCUCAACUGACCCCUUUCGACGUGAAGGGGCAGCAGCUCUACUCCGAGCUCCCUCCGGAUGUCUGAGCUCCUCACCCUAUCUCCAUGGCUGAGCCCAGCCAUCCUUCUGAGGAAACAUAUUUCAGCCGCUUGUACCCGCCAUCUCAUUCUUUAGGUCACUAACCAGAGCUCAUGACCAUAGGUAAGGGCUCGGACAAAGAUGGACCAGUAAAUCAAAAGCUUCGCCUUCUGGCACAGCGGCCGCAGCGCUAAACCGCCAAUCCAUCGCAUGUUCCAUUCUACCCUCAUUCAUGAACAAGACCCCAAGAUACUUGAACUCCCUCACUUGAGGCAGUAACUCACUCCCAACCCAGUUGGGACCGGUUUCCCGCAGAGAACCAUGGCCUCAGACUCGGAGGUGCUGAUUCUCAUCCCGACCGCUUCACACUCAGCUCCAAACCACCCCAGUGCAUGCUGGAGGUCAUGGUGUGAUGAAGCCAACAGAAUCACAUCAUCUGCAAAAAGCAGAGAUGCAAUUCUGAGGUCACCAAACCGGACCCUGUGACCUUUUGGUUUGGUCUAAUAAUGUAAUAUAACAAAAUCACAUUCACAUGGGGGACAUUUUUAUGCAGUACUUUAAUUCAUACUUUAAAUACACUGUAUUGAUAACAUAUGUACUUUUACCCAAGGAAAGGAUCUGAGCAUUUCUCCCACCUCUGGUCAAAACACAUGAUAAACAGUUUUCAAAGUUUGCUAGUGGGCUAAAAGUGAAGCAUCUGUUCCCUUAAUUAUUCACUUAAGUCCAAAAUUUCAGUUUUAGCAAUUAACUUUGAGCUCUACAUCCGUUUUUUUUUUUUUGUUUACCAACCAUGAAAACAGUAUUUAAUUAAGAUACACAAUUAAUAAAAAUGUAGCCUAAUCUGCAUCAUGUGAGACAUGAUGCAGAUUAAAACUUAAUCAUUAAGAUGGACACACCUCAUUUCUGUUUGUCUCUUUCUUUUCAUUUCUGUCUUUCUUUCUUUCUUUCUUUCUUUCUUUCUUUCUUUCUUUCUUUCUUUCUUUCUCUUUCUCUCUCCUCCCUUCCUCCCUUCCUCCCCCCUUCCUCUCUCUCUCCCCUCUCCUCAGGUUUACUUCACCCUCCCCUGCUGACUAUCUCCUCACCCUCACUGUGUGUGCUGUCAAUAAUUGAUGAUCCUCACUGACUCAAAGGGUAACAGGUCCGGGAGAAAAUGUCUCAUCCAUUUCUUUAUUUAUUUACAAGUCUAUCUUUAAGUUCAGUCAGUCUGACAAACCACCAUGACUGUUUAUUCCAGCAGAAGGAUCGAUGGCAUGCAGCAGCCCGACUGUGUCCGUUUCAUAGUCUGUGGCAGCUGCUAACACCUGUGAGCAUGAGCGGGUUAAUGCUGAAUGUCUGGCUGACAGCAGGACAGAAGGAGGAAAGGGAAGCUUAAAUGAGUGAGAGGCAGGGGGCAGAGAAGAGGAGGAGUGACAGAAUGAUAGAGUGAAUUAAUUCAACCUUAGCCAGCCCUGAUUGACUCGGUAGCAAACUGGCAUGUACAAACAUUCACAGUGACACCAAAGCCAUGGAGAGAGAAAAGAGGAAUGACAUGUCUUUCUCCAGAAAGAGAAGUUUCACUUUUGGGGCAUAUGGAGGUUCUCACUUCCUUGUUUACAGUGUGGACAGAUUCACAUGUGGGGAUGAGACGAGACCUGAAUCUGCAGACGACAACAUACUGGACAUCCUGGACUCUCCUGCCAGGGACAGAAAGCCUUUCCUCCCUGCCAGCAGCAACCAGAGGGACACAGAGCUGUUUGAAAUCAUUGAAAAGCUGCAGGGCAGCAGGAUCGAUGAGCAGCGGUGUGAAUUCCCUCCUCCUCUGAAGUCUCAGCUUUUAACCAUAGGUGGAGACCUGCCGCUCAUCCUCCCGCCGAGUCAGGGGGGCUACUGGGUAGACCCCCCUCUGGACAGGCUUGUAGAUGUGAGUCCCACUUCCUCUCACUGUGGCCUUGAUGAUUCGGAGAGCUACGACAUCAUGGAGAGAGACGGGGAGGCCAAAAUCUACCAAGAGUUCUUCAGCUCACGAUACCAUCACUCAUUCACAGCAGUGGAUCCGUCUUUGGGGCCUCUGGUUCUCUCCGUGUGUCUGGAGGAAGAGGAGAGCAAGCUGCGGGUGAUACUAAGAAUGAAGGAGUGCUCUCUGCAUGGAGUUUUCUCUGCCUCUCUUUUCCCCAACAUCCCAUCAGCUGUUGAAUUAGCAAAGAUGCUGUGCGACAGAGUGACUGUCUCAAAGUUUGAAGUGGUCAGCUACCUCAAGGCUCCAGAACUCAUAACUGCAUUUGAUGAACACAGAGUGUCUCCAAAUUUCAAGUUUGGCGUUUUGUACCAAAAGGACGGGCAGUUCACCGAGGAGGACAUCCUCAGCAACAAUGAGGAGAGUGAGGAGUUUAAAGAGUUCCUUUCUGUUUUGGGAGAGACGAUUCAGCUGCAAGGCUUCUCUGGGUUCAGAGGCGGACUGGACGUGUGUCAUGGUCAGACAGGAAGUGAAGCCGUCUUCACUUCCUUUCACGGAAGAGAAAUCAUGUUCCAUGUCGCAACUAAACUGCCUUUCACAGAGGGCGACCCGCAGCAGUUACAAAGAAAAAGACACAUCGGUAAUGACAUUGUAGCUUUGGUCUACCAGGAUGGCCAAACCCCGUUUCUGUCUGACAUUAUCAAGUCUCACUUCCUGCACUGUUUCCUGGUGGUCAGGAGGAUUCAGGAUCCAGAGGAGACAGGUGAAACUGCGUACCAGGUUUCUGUCACAGCCAGAGAGGAUGUUCCUAACUUUGGUCCAGUCCUCCCAGAUCCUCCCAUCUUUAGAGAUCGUUCCCUGCUGAGAGAAUUCCUCCUGACCAAACUCAUCAACGCAGAGAUUUCCUGCUAUAAGGCUGAACGAUUCAGCAGACUAGAGCUCCGCACUCGUUCGUCACUCCUGGAGAGUCUGCAGGCUGAACUCUCCACCCGUUCCCAGUGCAUGAUGGGGGAUCCAUCACUUUCUGGCUCUGAGGGUACACGAGGGGCGACUGAAGGGAGUGGAGGAUUCAUUGAAAACUUUAAGAGAGCCAUAAGAGUGCGGAGUCACUCCUUUGAGACUCUCGGGGUGCCCAGGAAGACUGGUGGCAGUGCAUCACAGAAACCUAAGACAGAGAAAGAUGGAGAGAGUGACAAAUCUCCAGGACCUCUGCCUGCUGACAGUUUGGGUUCGGCUGAAAUCAAAGACCAAGCAAGUUCUCAAGAAGAGACCCUAUAAAAGGAAAUAUUAAUAUGUAGAUUUUAAAUGUUAAUAUAAUUAUAGACAUUGCUCGCCUACAUGGUUGCUACUUUAUCAUCCUGCUUAUAUGUAAAUAGAGUGUAAAAGUAAAUAGUAUUUCUGAGAAUAUAAUUAUUUUACUGUCAUAGUGAUACUUUACAAUUAUGAAAAUAUUAACAUUGUAUUUCAGUGAAAUGUUAAACAAACAAAUAUAACGACUGCCAGGAAAGGCUCGAGUGGUUUGUGUUUAUACUGUUGUGUUUUUAUUGUCAAUAAAAGAGUUUCUUUCAAUGGGGGAUGUGAAGAGAGGAAGUAGGUA